AUGCCUGACGAUAUCGAAAAACAACUCCAGAACGACGACCACUCGUCGGACACAAACUUCGGCGAGCACGUCGUCGCGAAGAUACACACCUCCGACGACGGCGAGUUUGUUCAUUUUGGAAACCAAAAGUUCUACAGAAGAGACCUGUUGCAGGCCUUCGGUGGUACUUUGAACCCCGGUCUUUCUGCACCUUCUACCCACAAAUUUGGUAACCCAGCUCCACUGGGGUUGUCCGCUUUUGCCCUCACGACCUUCGUGCUAUCGCUGAUAAAUGCGAAGGCAAUGGGAGUGUCUACUCCCAACGUUGUGAUUGGACUUUCCAUGUUCUACGGUGGUCUGGUUCAACUGCUGGCUGGUAUGUGGGAGCUCGCACUUGAAAACACCUUUGGUGCUUUAGCACUGGGUUCCUUCGGAGGCUUCUGGAUGUCCUUUGGUGCUAUUUUCAUCCCUUGGUUCAACAUAGCAAGUGCCUAUGAAGACCCUACAGAGCUUGACAAUGCGCUUGGUUUCUACCUCCUGGGUUGGACCAUCUUCACCUUCAUGCUUUGUCUAGUGACAGUGAAAUCCACGGUGCCCUUCUUCGGCCUCUUUGUUUUCCUGGAUAUCACAUUCUUGCUGCUUUCUCUGGGCUAUCUUGCACCAUCUGUGGGAUGCACCCGUGCUGGUGGUGUCUUUGGCGUGAUUACGGCGUUUAUCGCUUGGUACAACGCCUACGCCGGUGUGGCCAAUCCACAGAACGCCUACCUCACCAUCAAACCAUUCAACUUGCCCAAGUUUGGCAAAGAUUCUUGA